AUGGCAACUCCAAAGCUGGGAUGGAUUGGGCUUGGGUCAAUGGGACUGCCCAUGGCAACCAACCUCCAAAGACAUCUAUCUAAAAUUGGUGGUCGGGAUCUCCAGUUCUACAAUCGCACAAUGUCUCGCGGAGAGCCACUCCAGGGCCUUGGCGGUGUACCUGCCACAUCGAUUAAAAGCAUGGUAGCAAACACUGACAUCAUCUUCAUGUCUUUGAGUGACGACUCAGCCUUGAAAUCGACAUUGGAUGCUGUCGUUGAAGCUGGAGAUGCCCUCUCAGGAAAGCUUGUCGUUGAUACUUCCACAGUCCACCCCGACUCCUCUGCCGAUGCUCAGGCCCGACUUGCGGAGAAGGGCGCAAAGUUCAUCGCUUCUCCUGUCUUUGGUGCGAGUCCUGUCGCAGCCGAGGGAAAGCUACUGUGGAUUGUAGCCGGUCCUGAUGAUUCUGUCGAGGCAAUCAGCCCAUUUCUAGUUGGUGUUAUGGGUAGGGGAGUCAUCCGAGUUGGUGAAGAUGUUCGCCAGUCUAGUAUGAUGAAAACAGCAGGAAACUUUAUCACUGCUGGAAUGAUGGAACUGGUUGCCGAGGCGCAUGUCCUAGCAGAAAAGACAGGCCUUGGUAGCCAAAACCUGGAGGCUCUCAUCGAGCAGCAAUACGGCCCUCUAGCUCUUUCCAUGUCCAAGAGGCUGACAACCGGAGCAUACAUGCCUGCACAGGGUGAAAGACCAUGGUCCGAUUUAAACCUAGCACUGAAGGAUGUCGGUCACGGAAUCACGUGCGCUGAUCAAGCAGGACUGAAGCUUGAAGUUGCCGAAGUGGCGUUAAAGCAUCUCAAAGAGGCCAGCGAGUUUUCUGAGGCAGAGGGAAGGCCUCUAGACUCGUCGUCUAUGUACGGCGUGUUGAGGACUCAAGCAGGGCUGUCUUUUGAGACAGACUUUGUGAAGGAAAGAGAUGAGAAGAAGGACUGA